AUGUAUAUGAGAAGCGUUGCAGAAAACUACGUCCGGAUUCGGCGUUGUUGCUCUCUUCGCCUCAUUCUUGUUUCCGCUGUGAUCCUAACAGGUGAGCUCCUUCCGGUUUUGCUAACGUGGGUACGUUUUUCUCCGCUGAGCCCAAGGUCGCCAGAUGAAGUUCGGUUACUUCUGGCUUCCGAUCCCCAUGUUCAACUAAGCAAUUCGAUCUUUGCCCUAACACAUCGGCUUGCUUUGUUCGAUUCCGAUAGUUUCUUGAGAAUUUUCUUUCUCCUAUUUUUGAAGUAUAGUGACCCCAACGGGAUCGUCCUCCUCGGAGAUCUCACAGAUGGUGGCAGUAGUGUGUCGGAGUGGUCGUUCUCGGAUGCGGUUCGACGCAUCAAACAUAUCUUCAUCUCAUCACAUCACAUUCCGUGCCUUGUUGUUCCUGGUGAUAAUGAUAUAGGCGGAGAAGGAAAUGACUUCAUCUCUGAUGAACGCGUGCUUCGGUUCCAAAAAGCGUUUGUUGGAUUCACUGAGGUCAACGACUUUGGCUUUCUGAAAUUGUAUGGGCAUUCUCCUUGGUCCCAUUCCACUGACGUUCGACCUGAGUCCAAGAACACCACACUGAUUGCAUACGUGUCACAUACUUCCAUGGUCGCUCCGUUUAUAAACGGUGUACCUGAGGUUUUGUCCCAUUUAAGACCGUCACUGCUACUUAGUGGACACGAUCACUUGGCUUAUGCCCUCCGUUGGAAACGAUCACCGAAUUCCACCGUACAAUUCAAAUGGCUGGUACCUCCGGAUGGACUUCAGCUUUUCUCUACGCCAUUUGAAACUUACCUUGGAAGUGGUUUGUCCGACGGUGGUUUUGGUUCCGUUAUCCAACUAGGCGUGCCUUCGUGCAGUUACCGUUCCGGCGAACCUCACUUGGCGGCCUAUGGUCUGCUUCAGGUGUAUCGGAAUCGAAGCAUGCGGUACACGUUGGCGCCGCUGCCACAUCGGUUUCACAUCCUUCUCCUCUACUCUUUUGUUUUUCUCACGUUGUGUCUUUAUACCUUGUUCAAACUCAGUCCGACUGCUUUCGUACGCAGAUUUCUGCUUGACGCUGUCCUCGCCCUGUUGUUUUACUUUUCUUGUCACUUGGUCCUGUUCAAUUUUCUCUAUAUGAUCUGA